AUGGAGGCUGUGCGUCCACGUGCUCAGACGCAAGCAAGCGGGUGGGAGCAUCUGAGUCUAACUGAAAGUGAACCGGAGCGAUGUGCAGAAAAAAAUCUUAGCGCAGAGACUGAAUUUGUAUACUACUUAGAAUUUAUUAGAUCAGGUUAUAUUUCCUUGGUAGCAUGGCAGCAGCACCCAAUCAGACCACAACCGCGGCGGGCGUGCUCUGCGAUCUUGGCCACCGUCUCCAAGGCAGGUACGGCCUACGCCGCCACUGAGAGCUGCCCCUCCUCAUCACCAUCAACGCCGGAAGUUGGGCGCCAAGGUGGAGUCCCUGCAGAAGUUGUUCACCCGGAAGGUCGUCUUCUCCAAGGCGUCCCUAGCCUUCGAACAGGACCGCUCCAUCAAGAUUACUUAGCUUCGGUUUAUAUAUUAGAACGUGGCAAUGGCUCGGAAGACAUCAAAUCUGCCUUCUUGGCUCGGGGGGAGUCAUGGGCGGCGCAUGCCAAGUCCUCCCUUGAUGGCAGUAGCGGAUGGAACACGGGGAAGGGGAUCAAGGCCAAGAGUAGGGUGGUUGGUGAGGAACUCCUCCUUGGCAGUCCAUGGGGAAGUAUGGUGUGAAGGAGAGAGGGUGCCAUGCGAAGGUGAGGUGGGUGUCAUCCAGUUUUAAAGGAGAGGGCUCCAGCGAGAAAUGUCCAGGUACGACGGGAAAUUG